AUGGAUGAGGAGAUCUUGGAGAUGCCGGUCCCAACACCGGUCUUUUGGACCACCGUGAGGCCCAAGGAAGCCAGCCCUUGGGACAUCGGACGCCGUGUGGGACAUCGCUUCAAGAAGGGCAACAAGCGCAUGCUGACCUCCUUUGAGCGAACCUGCGGUGUGGACAUGACGCGGCAGGAGGUGGAGGUGAAGGGCAAGAACGCAGGCUUCAACGGUGACCGAGACUUUGAAGACUCGACUGCCACGAUGCAAUCCCGAUACCGACAAUUCAAUGAUCAGCUGAGCGACGAGGCACAUCGGGCAUGGAGAAGUGGCUUGGACUGA